CACAUGUCGUCCACGUUGCAAUGGGUUGCGUUUAAAUAGGCAGGUCCAUCCGGGACACUCUCAUCAGUUUGGUACUGUCCAUCAGCCCAGCGUGUCCGUCAGCUAUUGUUUAAAAGCCUCAACACCCUCCCCAACAAAAUCUGCAAAAUGGCCCUCAAGUCCGAUCCCGUCUUCGAGCGUAUUGCCAAGCGUCUGGAGAGCAUCGACCCGAACAACCGCCAGGUGCAGCAGGUGUACAAGUUCCGCAUCCAGCAGAACGGCACGGUCGUCAAGACCUGGGUGCUGGACCUGAAGGCGGUCAAGCUGACCGAGGGCGAUGGUCCGGCCGAGGCCACCCUUACCAUGGAGGAUGACAUCAUGUUCGCCCUCGGCACCGGUGCCAUGCCGGCCAAGGAGGCCCUCGCCCAGGACAAGCUGGACGUGGAGGGACAGGUCGAGCUGAUCUUCCUGCUGGAGCCGUUCAUUGCUUCACUCAAGAAGUAAGCCCCGCGCACCAAACGGAGCACCGUCACACGUACCACGCGAACAUCGAAAAUGCCACCCGUCGAUGGGCUUGGAUUAAUUUAUUGCAACAUUCACACACGCAUAUACCAUUACGCACACGCAACCCGCAACCCGUAGGAACAUCUUAGCCGGCUUCCUCACCCCCGCCUGCGGACGGGAUGCAAACAAACUAUCGGUAUUUGUUUUCUGGUUUGAUGCAUCGUCCGGGCAUCACCAACCACCGCCAUAUCAUGCGCGCCCGGCCCUAUUUAUUAACAACCUUCCAUCGUACAUCGCUGGUCUGCGCAACAUUUGCAGACACAUGGUGGUGUACACAACACUGGGCGCACGCACCACCAUCCGCGUUGAUUGCGCCCCGUACCAAAGGAUUAUUAAAUGAUGCUUGAAAACAGAAUCAAA